GGGGCUGGUCUUAUUCCUGCAGAAACUAGCGGCCCAGGGGAAUCAGGAAGGGGAAGAGUGUUUUUGUGACACUGCUGGCCGCUCUGAGGGGGUGGGGGUCUGAAGAGGCUUUCGGAAGGGACCUAUAUCGCUGUGACACCGCAGCUUCCUGAGGGGACGCGUGUCGGUGUGGCACCGGUGCACGCUGCAGGAGCGAGUGGAACUGGGUGACCAUGGGGAUGUGGGCGGCGGUGGACGCUCUGUGGGACCUGCCGGCGGAGAAGCGAAUCUUCGGGGCAGUGUUGCUCUUCUCCUGGAUCGUGUAUCUUUGGGAGACCUUCUUAGCACAGCGGCAGAGAAGGAUAUAUAAAACAACAACUCAUGUACCACCAGAGUUAGGACAGAUCAUGGAUUCGGAAACAUUUGAGAAAUCUCGAUUGUAUCAACUGGAUAAAAGUACAUUCAGCUUCUGGUCAGGACUCUAUUCAGAAAUGGAAGGCACUUUUAUCCUUCUCUUUGGAGGAAUCCCUUACCUCUGGAGACUUUCUGGACGGUUCUGUGGUUCUGCUGGCUUUGGACCAGAGUAUGAGAUCACUCAAUCCUUGGUGUUUCUGCUGUUGGCUACUCUUUUCAGCGCAUUAACUGGCUUGCCAUGGAGUCUUUAUAAUACUUUCGUGAUAGAAGAAAAACAUGGCUUCAAUCAUCAGACUUUGGAGUUUUUUAUGAAAGAUGCAAUCAAAAAAUUUAUUGUGACUCAAUGCAUUUUAUUGCCUGUGUCUUCCCUUCUGCUUUACAUUAUUAAAAUUGGAGGUGACUAUUUUUUUAUUUAUGCAUGGCUGUUCACAUUAGUUGUUUCUCUGGUUCUUGUCACAAUUUAUGCUGAUUAUAUUGCCCCUUUAUUUGAUAAAUUCACACCUUUGCCUGAGGGAAAGCUUAAACAAGAAAUCGAAGUGAUGGCAAAGAAUAUUGACUUUCCUUUGACCAAAGUGUAUGUUGUGGAAGGAUCUAAGCGCUCUUCCCACAGCAAUGCUUAUUUUUAUGGCUUCUUCAAGAACAAAAGAAUAGUUUUGUUUGACACUCUACUGGAAGAGUACUCUGUACCAAGCAAAGACAACCAGGAGGAGCCUGGCAUGGAAACCCGCAAUGAUGGACAAGGGGACAGUGAAGAAAUAAAAACUAAAGUAAAA